UUAAUGAGUCAAGUUGCACAGAAGAAACGUGACAAGAAAAAUGUAAUGUUAAUUAAAUUGAAUUAAAAAGAAAAUAAUAUUCACUUCAAGGAUAGACACUUAAAGGCAAACUCCAUCCCAAAAUCAUGUUUAUGCUGAAAGAUUUGUGAUGUGUUAAAUCAUUCAUGAGCACAUUUGUUUGCUGGUGUUAUAUCUUCACUCUUACUGUGAAAAAUCUGUGACUGUGUGCCAUUCUGGCAUCACAUUACUUGUCAUAUGGCAUUGUUAGAACAGUUUUAAUGUUUUAAUAGGAUAAAAAAGGCGUAUAAUUGCAUUUUGUUAAGAAAUGAAGGUCAGGUUUUACUAUUAUCUUCUAAAAACGAAAGGCAAGGGUUUCUCACUCACUUUUCUUUCAGUUUAUUAUUUUGUGACGGCGGUGGAAUUACACAUUGGUGGAAUUAUUAUGACUUAUUGUUCUGUUAUAAUAUUUAGUUUGAGUGAUCACUUGAACUGACCUCAAUAACUCAAAAAGUUGGUGUCAGAAUUGCCAACUCGGUCAUAAUGCAUUCUGGAAAUGGAUGGCUCUGAUAAAGCGACAUAAUAUUAUGGUACAUAUUUAAAUUUUGUUCAUAUAAUGAAUAUGUAUUGACGUGAUUUUAUUGUUUCUUUAAAAGUUUAAUGGUCCAUGGCAAUCAAAAAGUUUGAGACCCCCUGCUGCAAAAGGGACCCAUUCAACUCAACAUUGCCCCUUGUGGCCCCAAAGACUCUUAAGCAAAGCGAUAUUGACAAACCGGAAGCCAAUCAUAAUAUCGUUUCCAAGACUUCCCAUUGAAUGGCAGAAAUGUAGGCCAAUCAACGACAGUCUUGCACAACACGAGCCAACGAGAAGUGUGCUUCGUUUCUCGGUGGGCGGGAUCUCCGCUUAUCAGUAGGAGAGGGCCAAGUAGUAGUUGCAAAGCGGAAAGAAAAUGGCGGCCGUGGCUGCGGAGCCAGGAGCUGCUGCUGCUGCAUCAUCAUCAACAACAACAGUGGGGGACGGGCUCGAGUACGAAGCUGAGCCUGGUGAGCAUGCGGCCGGCUUAGAGCCCGACUCUGUGGCCGGCUUUGCCCCGAAAAUGGAGUUGUGUCACCAGGCUGAGAGUGUGGAUGCAGUUCAGGAAUGCAGUCAGGUCCGGAUGGAAAUUAGAAGGCCGGACCUGCAGCUCGCGGGAAACGCGCUCCGGGUGCACGAGGAGGAUGGAGCCAGCGACCCGGACGAGAGCGCGCCCACGGAACGCACGCAGCACGACACCAGGGGCGCAGAGGAGCGCCUAAAAGAGCCGUUGUGUGCGAACGAGCCGGCUGCUGAGAACGAGGUCAGUUCACACGAGUCCAUCGCCUGCUUUCCGCCCUGCUCCGGUUCACAUCCCGAACCCGCCACGGUACUCUCACAUUCUGUCCCCGCUCGAGCCGAUCAUGACCGGGAGACCGGCUUUUCUGUGACUGAAACGGACGCACCAGCACACAGUGAUCCCGAAUCAUCAACACAUCCCGCUGAUCAGGAGCCUGAUUUCGAAGGAUUAAAGACAAUCCCAGAGCCCGAAGCUGCGUCUGAUGCUCUCUGCUCCGAUCGUGCAGAGGAUGCGUUCCAUGAACACCCCCAGUCUCCCAAAUCGCAGUCCACUUCAUCAGAAGAGACUUCGUUUAGAGAAUCGCUUGCACAUAUUUGCACCAGUGACUCGUCCAACAUGUCCAGUAAGGACUCUAUCCAACUUCCAGUAGUGACCGAAACCCCUGAACCCCCCCCAGACGCAGAGGAUGACACUUUAAUGGGGUGUGACUCGGGCUCGGUUGUGAGCGCAGAGCCUGAGCAGAAGGUGUGUGCAGACACUGUGGACAGACAGCCCGAGGUGAUCUGCGGGCUUGUACCUGGGUCCGAGGUUCGAGUCUCACUGGAUCACAUAAUCGACGAUGCACUGGUUGUGUCGUUUCGUUUAGGCGAGAAGAUCUUCUCCGGCGUUCUCAUGGACCUUUCCAAAAGAUUUGGACCCUUUGGAAUUCCAAUAACUGUGUUUCCCAAGAGAGAGUACAAGGACAAACCAGAAUCUAUGCAGCUUAAGAUGGAGGCAUUCCAGCCAGAGACUGAGAAGGCUGACACUCAAAGAACGUCUGAUGUCCUUUCGGAGCGACCUGUGCAGGGCCCUUCAGUGGCUCAACCCAGUCCUAACCCUGAGCCCAACCCAUGGACUGUAAAACCACCCCCAUUGUUUCAGGAGGGAGCUCCUUACCCACCUCCACUGUUUAUCAGGGACACCUACAACCAAUCUUUACCUCAACCUCCACCUCGUAAGAUUAAACGGCCAAAACGCCGGCUUUACAGAGAGGAGCCCACCUCUAUUAUGAAUGCCAUCAAGCUUCGACCGAGACAGGUGCUGUGUGAUAAAUGCAAAGGGGCUGUAGUACAAGGGGAGAAGCGCGAAACGCGCAGAGGCCCCGUUUCGGACUGCCGGAGCGAUGAUGCAAAGCGUCGGCGAAACGAGAGCACAGUUUCGGGUGCUGGGAAGCGGCCUCGCAACGAUGCACGCUCGGAAGACAGGAGCCGCUCGGCCGACGUGCCUAAGCGGCAGGCCUCAGCGAUACGGGUCACUUCUUCAGCCCCAUCCUCUCUGGGCCAGAGCCAAGUAAAAGGAACAGCUGCAGGGAGCCGAGUCAUUAAAGGAGUGUGUGCCGCAGCAGCGGCCUCAGCCAAUGCCCGAGUCCAGCUCAGUGCCAAGAAAGUGCUCCAGAGCAAAAACGUCGACCAUUCGAAGGCACGUGAAGUGCUGAAGAUGGCGAAAGCACAGAAGAGGCAAAGGGAAUCGGUCACUGACAGUAGCGGCAACACGAAGGCCAUGACGAGGGCCGCGACUCUUCAGGAGGCCCACCAGAAGGUCCACUUCACGCGACGACUGCAGCAGAUCAGUGGAGGAGGACCAGGCAUGUCCAACCCGCUGCCACCCAGGAUGCGCAUCAAGCCUCAAAGGUACCGUAAUGAAGAAAAUGAUUCUUCCUCAUGUAAGCCACCUUGCUUGGAGAAAGUGCGAGGAGGGCGUUUAGCGCUGCCUAAACUAGCUGCUCCUCGCUGCACCUCCACACGCUCUGCAGGGCAGGCCACUGCCGCUGCAGAGCCUCAGGGGCCAGACAGAGAGCUGGAUCCCCCGUUGAGACAGGCACGACCCAAACCCCAACCGCUCACCCAGCCGCCAUCGGACCACAGCAAACCGCAGCCUGAGCCAGAGGAGCAGGGACAGGAGAUGCGCGGGAGCAAGGCUGGCAACCUGGUGGUAUACAUGACCCUGAAACCCAGGCAGCCCGACUCCUCUAGUACCUCCAUGUGCAGCGUCGAUAGUGCAGAUGACUUAAAGUCGUCAAACUCUGAGUGUAGCUCGACUGAGACCCUUGAGUUCCCUCCUCCUGGCGAUUUUCGAUCUGCCUCCGCCCCUGGCACAUCUUCCACUUUCGUCUCUGCCACUUCCUCUGCUCCCAAGGAUUCAAAAAAGCGCAGUAAAUCUCUCAAGGCUGCAGUUUUUUCCAAAAAUGUCUCAAAGUGUGUUGCUCUGGAUGGCAGGACCAUUUGCGUAGGGGACAUUGUGUGGGCUAAAAUCCUUGGCUUCCCUUGGUGGCCUGCUCGCAUCUUAGCUAUUACCGUGAGCCGCAAAGAUAAUGGGCUGUUAGUCAGGCAGGAGGCCCGGGUCUCUUGGUUUGGGUCCCCUACCACUUCCUUCCUGGCAAUUACUCAGCUUGCCCCCUUUCUAGAAAACUUCCAGUCUCGCUUUGACAAGAAGAGAAAGGGCCUUUACCGCAAAGCCAUCACAGAGGCCGCCAAGGCAGCCAAGCAGCUCACUCCUGAGGUUCGCGCCUUGCUUACUCAGUUUGAGACGUGAGUCUGUGUGCCUUUAAAAGUUGGGCAAAGCAGGUAGCGCUUUUGCCCCAAUUCCCCUUUCAGAAAAAACUCUUACUGAAUCCUGAAUACAAACUCUUCACCCCUUACUCAUACCCAGCCACCUUGCUGAGAGAAACCCGAAAAGUAUCAGGCCAGUCAACCAGGACUCGUUUAUUUUCAUGAGAAAAUAGAGAAAGUAGGGGGUUUCGGGGAGUUGAAUGUUGUGAGUUGACUGAGAUGCUGAAUGGUGAUAGGAAAUGAUUGUCAUGAUUCACGUGAGAAAAUAUUCUCAUAAAAAUGUAUUAUUUAACUUUCUUUUGCGCCCAUAUGCCAUAUUGAAUCUAUCAUUUGAUAUUUUCACGUCAGUAUAUUUCUGUAUUAGUGCACAAUUAAGUCUUUUUUUUUUUUUUUGUUUCCCCUUCCCAGAUCACUCAUUUGCUUCAACCUGUAGUGUCAUAGUUCGAGUCAGUCAGUGGAAGAGAUUUGUAUUAUUUUUUAUGAAUAUCGUUAUUAUUCCUAAUAAUUUUAAAUACUAUUUAUUGAAUUGGACUUGAUAUAAACAGGAUAAAUGGUUCUAUAGAUCAAAGGACGUUUCAGGGAGAUGCAAAUAUUGGUUCCGAUUCAGACAGACUAAAGGCACCCCUGUUGUUUCUAGUUUCUAGCUUCCUUGUUGGUUUGUAGGAAAGAGGCGCCGUGGACUUCGAUGGAAACAGUUUUGAACCACUCCGCUGGACGCCUCUUAUUCUAACACUCGCUGUAAAACCGAACAACAAAUCCUAAAGCCUGUGUGUAAGAAAGACAGUAAAAUGUGAAAAAGGACCCUGGUGGGUACAAAGUCUCUAACUCAGGUAGAUGAAGAGACUUGCCUGGUGCUGCUCCUCCUUUAUAUUCAGACUUAAUCAGAUGCUGGAUCCUCAGUGUGAGGAGAAAAGAGGAGUCUUGGCCUGGGUGUGGUUUUCGGCCUGUCGUGGCAUCGCAGGCAGUUUUGCUGAGGUUUUGUUGGAGGUGUGUACAAGCCAAAGCCGCCUCAAGUGCCAGAGGGCAGAGUGAACAGAGGCUCUGUUCAUCUCUUAGCAGAUAAAACCAGAAGCAGACGUGCCAGUCGAACUUAGCAGCCCUGAUUCCCACCCUCACAGCUGCAACUGCUCGCCUUCACUUCUCCUUCAUCCUCUCACCCACUUCAGAGCGUUCUCUCCUUUACUUGUGACCCUCUACUCUCUUCUUUCACUCUCUCCUUUCCCAUCUGUUCGUCAUCUAUCUAUCUAUCUAUCUAUCUAUCUAUCUAUCUAUCUAUCUAUCUAUCUAUCUAUCUAUCUAUCUAUCUAUCUAUCUAUCUAUCUAUCUAUCUAUCUAUCUAUCUAUCUAUCUAUCUAUCUAUCGACUAUUCAUGUUCCCUCAUUCACAUGUGGUUAUGGUCGUUUCUUUUUAUUCGUCUGUUUGUCCGUUGUGCUUCAUUGUGAGCACACUUUGUUACAAGCAUUAAAAUUCAUAAUUCACAA